AUGCUGGGAACAAACGAUGCCAGAUAUUGGAAAGAAGCCAGCCACAGAUAUGCCGCGGGCAUGGAUCGGAUAAUAAAGCAAGUCAAAGCAGCUUCACCAGGCGUCCGAAUCAUUUUGGCCAUACCACCAUGGGUCAAGCCGAACAAUUUUGGAAUCCCCAACGAUAUUUUGGUAAAUAAUAUUGAACCAAUCAUACGGGCGGUUGCCUCAGCACAACAGGUAGAAUUGGUGAACAUGUACAAAACGACUGUCAAUCAAGAUAACAUGUACAGUUCCGACAACUUGCACCUCAAUGAAAAAGGAUAUGCAGCGCUUGCUCAAGUUUGGGAGAGGCAGAUCUUGUGCAACAAUAAUGGUGUCUGUGAUAUUGGGGAGAGCUGUGAAACAUGUCGUCAAGAUUGCCUUGAGCAAUGUAGUGCACCUUAG